AUGUGGAGACGAACAUAUCUCUUUCUGGUCGUCCUGCGCCUCUACCUGGCUUUGUCCCCCAGCUAUAUUCACCCGGACGAGCAUUUCCAAGGGCCAGAAGUCAUCGCAGGUCGCGUUUUUGGAUUCGCUUCCCACUUGACCUGGGAAUUUACUUCGGAUAGCCCAAUCCGCAGUGUGUUCCCUCUCCAGAUCUUCUAUGGCCUGCCCUUGAAUCUGCUAAAGUGGAUCUGCGAUGGCAUCGGUUAUCAUACCAUCUCACCUGCGACUAUGUACUACACUCUGCGUGCCUUGAUGUUUAUCUUGAGUUUCGUGUUUGAAGACUGGGCUCUUGACGAACUCAUCCAUACCCCUAAGGAACGUCGUAUGGCCCAAAUGCUGGUCGCUUCAUCAUAUGUUUCAUGGACCUUUCAAAACCAUACCUUCUCGAAUUCAGUUGAAACCUUGAUAGUACUGUGGUGCUUGGUUUUGAUCAAUCGCAUCAAGGAGGACAAAUCGCAUACCCGUGUUCUGCCUUCUGCUCUCCUUGCCUUCUUGUGUGUCCUAGGCACUUUCAAUCGCAUCACAUUCCCGCCAUUUGUCUUGAUACCCCUUCUGCAGCUGAUUCCACAUUUUCGCCACAGGCCUAUUUCGCUCCUGGUCAUGAUCGUAACAGCUGCAGCAACAUUACUGUUUGCUAUUGUUACCGACACUGAGUGGUUCCUCCAACAACGAGUACACUUGUCACAACUACGAGAAGUCGCCAUCAUCACACCUCUCAAUAACUUGCUUUACAACCUGGACAGCAGCAAUCUUGCCAAACACGGUCUUCACCCAUACUAUCAGCAUGUAGUAGCCAACCUGCCCCAAUUGCUUGGACCUGCACUUCCUCUGAUCUUCUUUUCGUGCCGAAUGGGAAUGCCGAUGUACUCUGCAGGUUUCGGCAUCUUGGCUCUGUCGUGUCUCAAACAUCAAGAAGCACGUUUCUUAUUGCCAGCAGUCCCUCUAAUCUUAUCCAGCAUCAGAAUACCACACCGUAUGCGUAGCGUCUGGAUCACUGUUUGGAUAAUCUUCAAUGUUUGUCUGGGUCUAUUGAUGGGCGUUUUCCAUCAAGGUGGCGUUGUGCCAGCACAGCUCUGGGUUGGCAAACAACAAGGGAUACAGCAAGCUUUGUGGUGGAAGACGUACAGUCCACCAACCUAUCUUCUUGGUGAAAACCAUCAAGGCUUGGUCACCAGAGACCUUAUGGGCAUGCGUGGCGACAAGCUCUUAGAAGAGUUGAAGUCCAAGGUUGAUUGCGAUGCCAAAUCCACUACACUCUUGCUGGCACCGCUCAGUGCGACAUUCCUUAAUGCGUACAUCACUCAGAACGGCACAUCUUCAGCAGCUUCAGAGAUCGCCCUCGAGGAGGUUUGGCGUUACAGAAACCACCUCAAUCUUGAUGAUAUGGACUUUGGGGACGAUGGUGUUUGGCCGACUCUGAAGCGCAUGGUUGGAAGGAGAGGGAUUGGCGCAUGGAAGGUGACGAAGAAAUGCUAA